CUGGGAUGGCCGGGGGCUCCUCGGGCCUCCCCGGGAUGGCGGAGCCCGGCGCCCCCAGCUCCGAGACCGCCCGCCUGGUGCCCCUCCGGCCCGCCCCAGCUGCCUGCAGCCUGCGACUCAAGAGUCUCUUCUCAGAGCCGUCGGAGCCCGUCCCGGAGGAAGCGGCGGCCCCGGAGCAGCCUAGGCCCCAGCACUGCCAUGGGGCCUUGGCACUCCAGGCCGGCCCCAGCGCGGAGCGGUUGCGGGCCCGAAAGCAGCUGGGCGCCGCCUGUGCCGUCUGCUGCCUCUUCAUGGCCGGGGAGGUCGUGGGUGGGUACUUAGCGCACAGCUUAGCCAUCAUGACGGACGCGGUCCACCUGCUAGCAGACGUGGGCAGCAUGGCAGGCAGUCUCUUCUCCCUCUGGCUCUCUGCCCGUCCUGCCACGCGCACCAUGACCUUCGGUUGGCACCGCUCAGAGACCUUGGGCGCUUUGGCCUCCGUGCUUUCCCUCUGGCUGGUCACCGGCUUCCUCCUCUACCUGGCCUCCCUGCGCCUCUUGCACAGCGACUACCACAUCGAAGGGGGGGCCAUGCUGUUCACCGCGGGCAUCGCUGUCUGUGCCAACCUCCUAAUGGCCUUUGUGCUGCACCAGGCCUCGCCCGCACAUAGCCACGGGUCCGGCGGGUCCGGCUACAUGCCCUUGGAGGAAGGGGAAGAAGCACCCCUCCACCUAGGGAACACCAGCGUCCGCGCUGCCUUCGUGCACGUGCUGGGGGAUCUGCUGCAGAGCUUUGGGGUGCUGAUCGCGGCCACCCUCAUCUACUUCAAGCCGCAGUAUAAGGCCGCCGACCCCAUCAGCACCUUCCUGUUCUCCGCCUGCGCCCUCGGCUCCACUGCCCCGACCCUGAGGGACGUGCUGAAGGUUCUCAUGGAAGGUGCUCCCCGCAACAUAGGCUUUGAGCCGGUGCGGGAUGCGUUGUUGGGCGUGCCAGGGGUCCGGGCGACGCACGAGCUGCGCCUGUGGGCCCUGACCCUCACCUAUCACGUGGCCUCGGCCCACCUGGCCAUAGACGAGUCGGCAGACCCCGAGGCAGUGCUGGCGGAGGCCUCGUCCCGGCUCCAGGCCCGAUUCGGCUUUGCCAGCUGCACGCUCCAGGUGGAGCGCUACCAGCCUGACAUGGCCCAGUGCCCGCACUGCCAGGAGCCCCGAGCCUGAGCCCCCGGGGCUCCCCAUCCUUCCUUGCUCCUCGCACCCUCGGGUUCCACCCUCCACUGCCUCCCGGCCCGGCCCAUUCCUGCCUGUCUGUGUUUGGGCUAAUCCCGGUCCUCCCCCGCGACCUCCUCCGAAUGCCAGCACUGCCCUGCCAGAGUGAGGACCGAACCUAAGCCUAACGGGCUUUCCGACCGCUGGCCUGCCAGCCCCGGCGGGUGGUCCUGAUGGGCAGAGCCGUACCCGUCGCUGCUUGAGACUACCAGAUGGCGGUCCGGACUCUGCCCUUUCGGGCCCAGCUCACUCCCGUGCCACUCACCUGCGCGUGACGGCUUCUGUCCGUCCGUCCGUGAGGCCGAUGGUGAGAUGUGUCCGGCUGUGGGUGGCGGCGGUGCCCCCACAGCCCCCGUGGCCCUCCACUGCCUUUCCCCGGGGCCCUCGGGCGGCACCGUGCCACCUCGGGGUUUCGGUCUGUGCGGUGCCGCUGUGCUCCGUCUGCCUGUCUGUCUGUCUGCCAGGGCUGUGGUCUCUGCAUCCGCGCUGCCUGUACCGGUGGAUCCCCAAGUGUGCACUGCCUCUCUCUAUCUGCCUCUGUCUGUCCGACUGUGCGGCCUGUGCUGUGUUGGCCUGUCUUGGUGCUGUGCUUUUUGUUGUCCAUCCUAGGUGGAGGGAUGAUCCUGUAACAGCUCCAAUUCAAUAAAGUGACACGGGCUCGUUGUGGGUGGGGACGUGUCUUCCACGCACCGUUA